AUGACCGAGAAUACCAUCACUGUCCAUUUCAUCUACGCUCCAAAUAACUUUCCUCUCGCGCACCGCCGUCCCCAACUCAAUGACAACGUCAUAAUUCAGUACAGACAGUCCGAUACUAUGAAACAGGGUGGUGGAUACGCUCUUGAAGCCCAGGAUCUUUUCCUAGGCUGGAUACGUGCCGGAGAUCUCAAUGCAAUUCGAAGCCUUGAUGGAGAAGAAUCCGGACUAGUCGGUAGCCGAGGCAUUCUCAAAGUAGUAAGGUGGCCAAAUAUUAAAAACCGGCUUGAGUAG